CGGCGGUUGGCGUUUGCGUAGUGCGUGACUGCGUCUUUCAAUUUCCAUAGAUGACGUCUGUGAAUGAUGUGGGAGACGGUGGUGCACUACCUUUCAAGAAUAGGGGGUGCUUCCCCGAAAGACUGUUUAAGGCAUGUCAUGCGGCGGUGCAUGAAGGAUGACCUUGCGCAGCACUUCUGCCUCACUGGAAGAAAAGGCAAGCUCCCAUUUCUGGGGCCACGACUCCUGGAAGUGAUCACUGAUGCCAUGCUCAGAACCUUCCCAGACAUCACAGAAGCGGCUUUCAAGUCCCAGGUGUCUGACUGGUUGAGGUAUGCACCAUCGAGGUUGAAGAAACGAGGUUGUACUUUUUGCAGCAUAUCGUCACUGCCACAACAUGACCACAACGACUGCCAGUGCCUCGCCCCUCAUUACGUGCAGCUAACGACUGCCAGUGUAAAUUAAAGACGAC